AAUAAGGUACUUCACAACCUCAGGUGGUGCAUUCAAAGCUGCUAAAUGAAGUGGAGUAACACCAUUCCCACCUUGACACAAGGAAUCGAUGUUCUUCUCCUCUAUCAAAUAUUUCACUGUGUCCAGUCUGCCACCCUCACAUGCAUAGUGAAGAGGAGUCCAACCAUUCUCACCUCUACACAUUGGGUCACAGCCUCUUUCAUUGAUCAGGUACUUCACUGUAUCUAACCUACCUCCCACUGCAGCAAGAUGAAGAGGAGUGCUCCCAUACUUAGUCCUACACUCUGUGUGGCAGUUUCUUUCUUCCACUAAAUACCUUACAAUGUCUAAAUGACCAAGUGCAGAAGCAAAGUGAAGGGGAGAUUGUUUCGCUUCAUCUUCACAAGAAUGUGGAUCAACAUGUCUUUCCUCAACCAGGUACUUCACUUGACUA